AUGAUGCCGACCAAAAUGCCGCGCAAGCCCGCGCUGCAGAACUCGGCGCCCUCAGAGCGUUCUGUGGUGAUAGCCAUACAGCUACGCAGAAUUGGGGACAAGUGGAAUCUCCGACAAAGAAUCCUGAACCUGAUUUCCAAGCUCUUCUGCCCAGGAACCUGA